AAUCUAAGUUAAUCAUUAAAAACUAUUCCGCUAAGAAUAAAUUGAAUACAUAAAAGUUACUUUUCCAAAGUUGUUGAAAAAACUUGUAUAUUUAUUUGGUUGAAUCUAUUUUAUUUUCGAAUAAUUUUUUUUUUUAAUUCUUUUCACAGGAGUGUUUAAUGGUAUUUUCUGUGCUGAGUUACACAGGGGACGAAUUGAGACUUACACCUUCGAACAACGUUGAAGUGUCGGACUCUGUCGGAAGUGAGCAAUGGAAUUUAGAAACUGCACGUGUAAGCCGAAUACCGGGUGGUUCUCAGCGCGUGGACAAAUUAAUGUAUACAUUUAAAGUCCAAAGAAAAUCGUUAUUUCUUGUUUUAAAUAUAAUGCUUCCAAUUAUUUUUAUAGCUGCCAUCAACAUUUUGGUAUUUAUAUUACCGGCGGAAUCCGGUGAACGUCUUUCAUAUUCUGUGACGGUUCUUCUCGCGUUAGCGGUAUACAUGACCCUUGUUGGUGAAAAUCUGCCGAAAAGCUCCGAACCAAUGUCGAUUCUGAGUUAUUACCUACUGGGAACAUUGCUAAUUAGUACCAUGAUCACAGUGGUCACUAUAUUCAACCUGGAUAUUUACCACAGAUCGGGCGAAGUCACGCAACGCGAUGGAAGUCUCGCGAGGAAAAUACACUUCACAUCUUGUCGAUGUAAAGGUAGAAAUACCGUGGCUAAGGUCAAGGUCGCCUUUGCAGCAGACGAAAAGAAGGAGCGUCCGUUAGAAAGCCGAAACGAUACACGAGAGGUAACAUGGCAUGAUGUUAGCUAUGCUCUGGACAGAAUUGGCUUGGUUCUAUUCACGCUUGUCAGUUUGCUGGUAAACACAGUUUUCCUAAUACGAUUGAAGUACAAUUCAUGAAAACCUCACCAUUGGUCCAUGAUAGUUUGUUGGUAAGAUAGAGUUUCAGCCUAGAAGAACAUUGUAUUAUUCAAAGUGACUAUACAAUUGGUACAUAAACUAUUUCUUGGUUUCAUACAUGCCCAUACUUAUAUUCUUUAGUCAAUACAUGUUUAUACUAGGCUACAUAAAUGUUAGCCUGCAAACUUAGUUCAAUAGUGAGAGCGUAGACAUACGGAGUUCGA